AUGGUCUCUCUUCUCCUUCUGGGCGCUCUCCUCCCUCUAGUCCUGGGAUGGGGUCCGUCCAGCCAGCACCGCUUGUCAGUCGCCAGCGACCACAGGCCCCCCAGCAAUGAAAGGACCUCGCUGACCUUUCUGUACCAAAACAACCUGAACGCGUCCGACGAUGCAUACCACGUCGGCGCCAUCCUGCUGGAUCCCAUGGGACAGCAUGAUCUCCGCGACGCCUGCGCAGAGCUCGGAGAAUCCAUGAUCACGAACCAGACCAUCGAGGACCACAAGGAUGAUUUCAGACACCUGUUCGCCUAUCUGGCGCACUCAGGGAGAGCCAGUGCCGUCAGCAACUAUUACAUUCGAGACGGCGUCGUAUCCAUCACCCAGGACGCCGAAAACUUCGACUUCCUGCCAUUCCCCCGGCGCAACUUCAAGCUCCCGGUCUUGUGCACCCAGACCAGCACGGGAAACACGUCUCUCGACGCAGCGAGAACCAGUCUAGGCUCGAAAGAUGUGCGCGUCUCCGCCGCGGGCAACAUGUACAUCGGGUUUCGCGACCACAAAUCCUUCCGGUUCCUGGGCAUUCCCUAUGCGGACCGCCCGAUGCGCUUCAUGUAUUCGACCAUAUACUCGCGCAAGUCCGAAACCAUCCGCACGACCGACUAUGGCCCGAACUGUGCUCAGCCCGGGGGUGGUAGCGAAGACUGCCUCUUCUUGAACAUCCAGACGCCCUAUCUGCCUAAAAAGGGCUCCACGGACAACCUCAAGCCCGUCCUGUUCUGGAUCCACGGCGGCGGCUUCACCAGCGGCACGGGCGCAGACCCCCUCACGGAUGGGGGCAAUCUCGCCUCGCGCGAGGACAUUGUGGUGGUCACCUUCAACUACCGGCUCUCGACGUUGGGAUUCCUGGCCAUCCCCGACACGCAUAUUCGGGGGAAUUUCGGGCUCGGCGAUCAGGUCGUCGCUCUCGAGUGGACGAGGCAGAACAUUGCUCAUUUCGGAGGUGAUCCCAACCGAAUCAGUAUUAUGGGCGAAUCCGCAGGCGCCGCAUCGGUGCGAGCCCUCCUGGGCUCUCCCCCAGCAGCAGACAUGUUCCAUGGCGCAGUUGCAAUGUCAGCGAUGGGCGGCGGUGCGCGACUCGGACUGUCGGGCGACGCGAUUACAUAUAGCUCGUACCGGACGAUUCGCGAGUCCUAUGCCAGUGAGGGUCAGCGGGUAUUCCCCGCCGCUGGCUGCGAUAGAGGCGAUCUGGAGGAGCAAGUGACCUGUCUGGAGCGCCUCCCUGCAUCCACCUUGGUGGGCCUGGACACCGUCGCGCGGCAUAUCGUCCAAGACGGACACUACGUGACAGGCCGGGAAAUCGACCUUGUCCAGAACACGCGCGAGUCCUCCAUCCCGGUCAUGUUUGGCAUCACCGCGGACGACGGCGCGCCGAUGGUCAAGUACCCCGAACAACCCGUCAACAACCUCCGCGAAGGCAUCCAGAUCGGCCUGGGGAUCGACGCAAGCCACGCCCAGCGCAUCCUCGAUUCCGGCCUCUUCCCCUCCACAGACAGCGGCAACAUUACCCUCGACGCCUUCGACAUCGCCCAGCGCGUCGCAACGGACCUCUACUUCCGCUGCGUGACCCAAGCCGCCGCAUUCGCCGGCGCCGCCUCGGGCGUCUUCCAAUCAUCAUACUUCUACCAGAUCGAAACCACCACCGCCGACUACUACCCCGACCACCACGGCGCACACGCCGCAACCCCGGAAUCCCCGCACGGCGACACAGACCUGCCCUACUUCCGCCUUCACGGCUCCGUCCUCCCCUGGGUUUUUGGGACCCUGCAGCCGCUGCGUGACGGCAUGGACCUGGACACGGUCCAGCUGCUGACGGCGUACUUCGCCGAGUUCGCUCGGUCCGGCCAGCCCAACCCGCCGGCCGAGUAUCUCGAGGCGCGCGGAUACCAGAGCACGCUGGAGGCGGUGCGGUUGUUUGAUCGGUGGGAGCCGGUGGCUCACUCCGAGGGGCCUAUCCAGCUGCUGGGGUAUCCGAGUUUUAGCGGGCCGUUCCAGGAUGUAGGGCAGUGUGAGUUUUUGGAGUAUCCGAUUACGUAUUAUUUUCAUUGA